CACGAUUUACUGUUUGUAUAGUAUAUGAAUACUUUCUAAUGCAGAUUACCGGCCGCCGCUGGAACCUAGCGGCCAACUGACCUCACGCCGUGUAUCAAGCUGGUCGUUACAACAGAUUAAACUCGAUAUCGCUGCGUUUUACCCGCACACGUUCUGCCCUUUACCACUGUAAUAACCUACCUUUCUUUUGAGAAGCGGCGCAAUGCAUCUCAACAAUUCGUUCAUUAAGAAGACGAAGAAAGGGAAAGUCGUGAAGGUUGUCAAGGAGCGCUACCUCCGAGAUGACAUCUGGAGCGGCUCCCCCCUGGACCCCGACUGCGACCCCUCCUGCCACAAGCUCAGCGCCUCCGCCCCGCACUACCUGCUCAUCGACACCAACGUGGCGCUGCACCAGUUGGACUUUCUGGAGCAUGCUGCGGUGACGGAUGUGAUCGUGUGCACCACUGUGCUGGAGGAGGUCCAGCACAAGAACGCCGCCGCCUACCAGCGCCUGCGCGCCGCCUGCGCCGCCCCCGCCAAGCGCUUCUACGUCUUCGCCAACGAGCACCACCGCGACACGCACGUGGCGGCGGGCGAGGGCGAGUCGCCCAACGACCGCAACGACCGGGCGCUGCGAGUGGCCACCCGGUGGUAUGCGGAGCGCAUCCCGCAGGACCGCAUCCCCGUCAUCCUGCUCACCAACGAUGUGGCCAACCGCGCCGCUGCACUGGCUGACGGGUUGCGGGCCAUGGGGGUGCUCACCUACUGCCGCACGCUGAGGCAGGAGGCCAAGGAGCUGCAGGACCUGGUUGCCUCGGCAGCGGAGGACGAGGAGCAGGAGGCGGCAGCGGCGGCCGCAGCGGAGGCGGAGGAGGCCGCAGGCGGCGGAGGAGGGGGAGGACGAGCCGCCAAGCGCAAGAAGCUGUACAGCGAGCACCUGCCGUACAGCGAGAUCAUGGCGGGGAUCAAAGCAGGGCGCUUCCACCAGGGCGCGCUGCGUGUGAGCCGCUUCAACCCGUUCGAGGGCUGGGUGGCUAGCGAGAGUGUGGGCGAGGACAUCCUGCUGAGCGGCAGGCUGGACAUGAACCGGGCCAUUGAUGGCGAUGUGGUGGCAGUGGAGCUGCUGCCGGAGAGCCAGUGGCGGGCACCCAGCGCCAAGCUACCCAGUGCAGCGGCAGCGGCAGGGGGGGCAGCAGGGGGAGAGGGGGCAGCAGGCGGCAAGAAGGCGGGAGGCGAGGAGGGCGAGGAGGAUGAGGAGGCGGGCGAGGAGGUGCCCGAGGUGUUUCAGGUUGCCCCCGGCGAGCACUUCAACGACAGCGCCGGCGGCGGGCGCCGACCCACGGGUCGUGUGGUGGGCAUCAUCAAGCGCAACUGGCGCACGCGCGGCUACUGCGGCAGCCUCAAGCCGCAGCGGGUGCGGGGCGGCGGGGCGGCCAACGUGCUGUUCGUGCCCGUGGAGCGGCGCUUCCCCAUGAUCCGCAUCCAGACCCGGCAGGCGGACACGCUGAUGGACAAGCGCAUUGUGGUGGUGAUGGACGGGUGGGAGGCGGACAGCGCCUACCCGCGGGGACACUACGUGCGCACGCUGGGGGUGAUCGGGGACAGGGAGACGGAGACGGAGGUCAUCCUGAUCGAGAACGACAUCAACACCAGCCCCUUCACCCCCGCUGUACACGACUGCGUGCCCCCCCUGCCCUGGUCCGUCAGCGCCGCCGACCUGGCCGACCCCGCACGUGCCGACCUGCGGCACCUGGUGGUGGCCAGUGUGGACCCGCCGGGGUGCAAGGACAUCGACGAUGCGCUGCAUGUGCAGCAGCUGCCCAACGGCAACUAUGAGCUGGGUGUCCACAUCGCCGACGUGACCCACUUCCUGAAGCCCGGCAGCGCCAUGGACCUGGAGGCAGCGCAGCGGGGCACCACCGUGUAUCUGGUGCAGCGGCGCAUAGACAUGCUGCCCAAGCCGCUCACGGAGGACAUCUGCAGCCUGAGGUGUGACGUGGACCGGCUGACCUUCAGCGUGCUGUGGGAGGUGGACGAGGUGGCCAACAUCCUGGCCACCCGCUUCACCAAGGCCGUCAUCCGCUCGCGCGCCUCGCUGACGUACGCGGAGGCGCAGAGCCGCAUCGACGACCCGCACAUGACGGAUGAGCUGACGAGCAGCCUGAGGACCAUGAACCGGCUGGCCAAGCUGCUUCGCGCCCGACGAGCCGCCGCGGGUGCGCUGCAGCUGGCCUCGCCCGAGGUGAAGUUCGAGAUCGACCGGGAGACGCACGACCCGCUGGAUGUGGGCAUGUACCAGGUCCGCGAGACCAACCAGAUGGUGGAGGAGAUGAUGCUGCUGGCCAACAUUGCGGUGGCGGAGAAGACGCUGCGCCACUUCACCGCAUGCGCACUGCUGCGACGCCACCAGACACCGCCGCCGCGACAGUUCGAGCCCAUCCUCAAGGCCGCCGCCGCCGCCGGUUUCAACCUGGACGUCUCCUCCUCCCUCGCGCUGGCCGCCUCCCUUGACGGCGCCACGCGGCCUGACGACCCCUACUUCAACAAGCUGGUCCGCAUCAUGACAACACGCUGCAUGACGCAGGCCCAGUAUUUUGGCAGCGGUGACGUGGCCCCCUCCGAGUACCACCACUACGGCCUGGCCGCCCCGCUGUACACGCACUUCACCUCGCCCAUCCGGCGCUACGCGGAUGUGGUGGUGCACCGGCUGCUGGCGGCAGCCAUCGGGCUGGAGGCGCUGCCGGACAGCGCGCGGGACAAGGAGGCGCUGCACGGCUGCACCGACAACCUCAACAAGCGCCACCGCAACGCCCAAAUGGCGGGUCGCGCUUCCGUGGAGCUGCACACCCUCAUCUUCUUCAAGAGCCGCUCCGUGAUCGCAGACGCGCGUGUCACCCGCGUCAAGGCAAACGGCCUCAUCGUGUUCGUACCAAAGUACGGCAUCGAGGGCCCCGUCUACUUGACCGCACGAGACAAGAACAACGCGGCCAGCGGAUCCGGCUCCGGAGCUGCGGAUGGACCCGUGGGUCAGCAGCAGCAACCACCGCAGCAGCAGCCGCAGCAGCGGUUGCAGUUCCUGCUGGAUGAGGAGGCGCAGACGGUGACGUCGACGGACGGCUCGGUGCGGUUUGCGGUGUUUGACAAGUGCGCUGUGCGGAUCAGUGUGGAGGAGGGUGAGGCGCACCGGCGCACGCUGGUGCUGACGCUGGUGGACCGGGCGGAGCUGCCGGAGAGCGAGCGCAUGGGGUGAUGAUGAUGGGGCUGAUGAUGGGGUGAUGGCUGGGCUGGUGGUAGCUGACAUACAGCCGACCGCCUGACACAGGGGCGUGUUGGGUGAGGGCUGGGGUUUGGAAGGUGGGUUUGGAUGGCGCUGUGCUUGCGGUGAUGUGGUGACGUACGAGACAUGGGCAAUCAAAUCAGG